UUCUUUCGUUCGCGCGUUCCCUCUCUCUCUCUCUCUCUCUCUCCUGCUCGUUUCAUUGGAAUUUACCUCGUCGUUACAUCGACGCGAGAAGAGAUUUCGCGCUGGUUCGCGCGGCUGUAAAGUUUUUUACGAGGUCGCUGGUGGGCAAGUUGCUGAUUAACAUCUUCCAGAACGCGGUCAAGUCGCAGCAGAGGAUCAACGUCGACGAGGUGUUCGAGCCGAUCGACCAGAUCAAGUACGACACUGAGAGCAGCGUGAGGUCGUCGCUGGUCGAGUGUCUGCCGCACGUGGCGCUGCUCUGCCAGGAGCAGUCGAACCUCAUACCCAGCGAGAAUGUCGUCGAUCGGAUACUCCACCUCGUGCUCACCUUCAUCUCCGACAUUGACAACCAGGUGCGCAAGGAUGCGCAGACGGCGCUCAACAUGCUGCUCGAGCAGCACCUGCUCAACGAUCGGCAAAUCCAGCAGGACGUCUGCAGUUUCGUGGUGGAUUUGUCGCGCGACAUCAGACCCGAGUUACAGGCACUCGCCCUCACUCUCAUGACGCAAGUAAGUCUGUACAUAGGAGACAAACUUACCGAGAGAUUCUUUCUCGAUCGAUUCCUCGAGCUAUGUAAAAGCGAGGGUUUCUAUGUCAGGAGGGUCUGCGCUUCCAUCAUGGGCGAGUUUUGUACGAUCAUGUCGAAAGAGACCGUUCAGAGCAAAUUGCUGUCGACGUACGCGGAUCUAUGCUUAGACAGCAUCUGGGGUGUGCGCAAAACUUCAGUGGACGUGAUGAUAUCCGUAGCGCGUUGCGUUCCAGUGUCAAUCCGUCGACGACUGUUGUCGAAACUGUUGGUGCGACAUUUGCGCGACGAGUCGCGCUGGGUGCGCCGAUCUGCUUACGAAAUCCUCGGGCCUUUCAUCUCCACUUUCGCCAAGCAGUUUUAUGAGAUCAUCUGCGACCAAAAGGGCGAACUCAUACUCAUUCACGAGUACAAAGGCGGCGUGCCGAGGUUCAAUGUAGUUCCCGUUGCCAAAGUUAGCGAUAUACUUAUAGAGAAUCUGGCCGAUGUCAAUUCAUUUUACUGCAAGCAAACCAAACCACAAGACAAAGUUUCAUAUAAAUUGAACGGGAAGAAAUUGGCACUUGGAAAAUUAUUGAGGAGGCAAAUGAUGAAUGAUGAUUAUAAUGACAACAAUCAAAACCUUAGCGAUCAAUCGAAACUCAUAACCGAUUGUAAAAAUGCCAACACCGAUGAAUGUGAAAAUUUCAAUCUUUUUCAAUAUUACUACAAUCCACCCGACAUGCCUUUGGAUCCAGAAUUAGUUAAAUCAAUUAUUAACGACAAUGAUCUACCGCUAGAUGAUAACGAAAAAUCAAAUGAAGUCUCAAUUAAUGAAAAUGCCAACAUUGAAAAAAUUAAAGAGUAUGAAGAUAGUAAUAAAAAUAUUGAGAAUAAAGAGUCGGAAACAGAAAGUAGCAAUGAAAAUAAUAAAAUUUAUGAUAACAGGCAAGAAAUCAACAAUGAUGAUAAUGACAAUACUAUAGAGUCACAAAUUAGCGAAGAACUGCCUCAGAAAUUAUGUAACGAGAGCAGUUCGAUAGAUUGUGGAAAAAAACGUACUAGAACAAGAAAACUUAGAGAUUAUGAUCCUAUCUAUGUAGGUAGGCAAAGGUAUUUUGAAACCCACACAUUUUACAGUGCCGGACUUAAAACAGAGGACGAGACAGAAUUGUAUGAAGAAAAAGAAGAAGAGGAUUCUUUGGACAACGAGCAAUCGAAGACUACGAUAUCAAUAUAUUCCAAGAUAUCCGAAAGAUUAAAACUGUAUUCGCAUAAGUCAUCGGAGAAUCUCGACAAAUCCUUCGAACAGAGUAACUCGACCAUCGUCCUAAAUGAUUUUGAAGACGAUGAAGAAGAAGGCGAGAUUGUACCGCGCAUUUUGGUAGAUUACUUCGUAUCGAUGUCUGAACUGAAGCCGGAUGUAGACGGUGAUCUCGGAACGGACAUGGACUACCACUGUGCCUACAGUUUCCCCGCCAUAGUCCUCACUUUAGGCAAAGAGAACUGGCACCGUCUGAAAGAUGCCUACUGGAGAUUAGCUUCGGCCGUGCCGUGGAAGGUGCGAAGUACUUUGGCUUCGAGUAUCCACGAGAUCGCAAUUAUCAUCGAAAAAGAUUACGCUGCCAGAGAUCUCGUGCCGAUAUACAAUGGAUUUAUCAAAGAUCUCGAUGAAGUUAGGAUAGGAGCGUUAAAACACUUCUCUAAGUUCUUAAAAGUUUUGAGCCCUCAAGAUCGCACGCAGUACCUGCCAAAACUUAACGACUUCUUGAUCACCGACAGCAAGUGGAACUGGAGGCUGAAAGAAGAGUUGGUGCAUCAGCUGUCAAAAAUAAUACAUUACAAUCUUUACAAACACACCGACGUUGCAGAAUACAUCUCGCCUUUAUUGUUACAACUCAUUCAAGACAGAGUUGCCGCCGUAAGAAUUGAAGCUAUCAAUGUGAUCUCCCAGACGUUAGCAUAUCUUGAUACGUACAGUGACGACUCACUGUCGUUAGCGAUGAUUCGUGAAAUAAGGGACCUACUGAUGGCUCAUGCCGCGGAAAGAUGGUCAAUUAGACAAACUUACCCUCUCAUUUGCUCGACGGUCAUGGUCAAAGGGAGUGUCGAGGAUAAAGUGUUCGCUGAAGAAUUACUGCCGUAUUUACUGGAGCUUACUAACGACAAGGUGCCAACUGUUAGGCUCGUCGUUGCCAGGACACUUGUUCGAGAUUAUUAUCCGUAUUGUUAUGAUCCAGAGCUUAGAAGUCAAAUAUAUCAAACGUUGAAAAUGAUGCAGUCGGACAGUGACCGGGAUGUGCGAGAAUUCGCAAACGAAUUGAAAGACUGAUAACUCUACUGCAAUAUUUACCGAUAGAAUCAUGAUCACUGGAGAAGAGUCGACGUAGAGUAUUCAAUGUCACAACGUGAUUGUUUCCUUUCUUUUAAACUGCGCUAUGUUUCUUCACUUAAUUUUUACAGAAGCCAAGUAGAAUCAAGCGCCAGAUAAAAUCAAUUCAUUUUUAUUAUGAGGGAAUUUAUUCAUACGGAAUGUUCAAACACUCGUUUGGUUUAGAGCAACUUGUCGAAUUCGCCUUGAAUAUUAUACUGUGACCUUGUGAUAAAAUAAUUAUGAAAUUUGACUUGUGGAUGCUUUUACAACCAAUGAGCAUAGUAUGAAAGGUACAUCAAGUUUAAGAAAAGAUAAAAGUAAAUAAAUGAAAAGUAAAAGUUUUAAUAAAGCGCGUGAUGAAAGAUACAGUUAAAGUUUACUGGAUGAUAUAUCUGUAUGAGUGAAUGCUUGUAUUGCGAUUGAGCAGUUGUGAUUUUUCUUCAAUAAACUGUAAUGACAGAUCGAGUGAUGUUAAAGAAUUUUUUUUAUUGAAAACUGUACAUUUUCUACGUGAAAUGUGUUGAGCGAUUUGUUAAUAUUCGCGAACAUAGAUUUGUAGCCAAACAUAUUUUUAAUUUUGCACUCAUUAAAUAAUACUAUAAUGGAAAAUAAAAAGAAGUUUCUUAGUGAUCUUAAAUCCAUUUAAAGUCGUACUUGAAAAUAAGACUGCAUUUUUAGAGCAUUUUUUUGUAGCCUAUUUUUUAAUCAUUGUCAAUAUAUGCCGUAAUAUUUUGAUAUGAAUUGCAGCUGUCUAUCUGAAUAAAAUUUAAACAUUUGAAGUAUA